AUGACAAGGAAAUUACGUAUUCCGUGUCGCGUGGCGCACAACCCCUUGUUCACCUUACUUCACACAUCUGUUAUGGGCCCUGCGGACCUCUUGAACGCCGUCACCGUCGCCUCCACUGCCUACUCUCUAAGGGCUUGUGACACCCUCGUCUCGUCGUUAUUUCCGAAGUACUCCGGUGCCUCGCCCCUACUCUUUGCCACAGAGAGCCGAGUUCAAUUACCAAGUUCGACAAACGGUCGAAACCUAGGCGCGCUAAAGGUCGGCGAAGACUGUGAAAGCACGUGCGUCAGCUCUUCGGGGAACGAAGAUGCCGCGAGUCACCAAUCGGCACUGCGCACAACGGGGGCCGCGGCGGGCGCGGAGACGGCACUAUGCUCCGCUUGUGAACCAUCCCGGCGAAACCCUGCCCAAAUGUCAAACUCCUUGCCGGCUGCGGAUUUAGACAAACAUGUGCUGUGGGAUCGACUGGUCUCUCGCGCCACAGUGCUCCUUCCCAGCUUCAGUCCAUCAGGCGUCGUUCAGCUUCUCUUCCUGUUCCACCGCGCGGGCUGCAGACCGGAGUUGCUGUUAGAUCAUCUGACGACCUACUUGCUCGAGCACGAGGCUUGCGGCGUCCCUCCGGAACACUUCUGGCGUCUCUGGACGGCUAACGACUUAGUGCUGUUUCUUCACGUCCUCAGCCUCCACGGAUAUCGUCACGAGGCUCUGCUCAGCAAGGCGCUCCUCGAGGCGGAAAAGGCAGCGCCCUUCUUGACUGUAGCUGAUCUCGGAAUCCUCUUCGGCGCAUGCAGCAGGCUCUUGGCUCUGCCGCUGUCGUCCGCCGCGUGCGUGCCCGAAGGCCAAGGCAAGGAAGAAGGCGCAUCGACUUCGCGCUUCUUCACAGACAGACACAUGACAAAUUUCACUCUCCUCGCAACUGUGCAGGUCUCCCAGGCUUCCUCGGCCCUCACGAGGGAUGUGGUCGCGCUGCUCGUCGGCGUGCUUCGAGUCGCCCGGAUUUUGCAGGUGUCUCCUUCGAGGCCGCUUCUGCUCGCCACUGUCCGUAGACUCGGGCGCAGCGUGGGCGCCGGAGACGCCAACAGAUGCACAGAAGUUUCUCUUAGUUCGCGGGGCCUUCAGCGAGCGAUCUACGCUGUCUUGGCUGCUCGUCCACUGCUGGCGGCCCCUUCUCUCGGAGAGGCUCCAUCCGCCCCUCCCAGCUCGAAGGCAGACCCCCCUGCGGACCCCCCUGCUGACCCCCCUGCGGACCCCCGAGGCCCGUCUCCUCGCCAGUUGCCUACUUGCGCCCCGACGGACAAACGGGAGGAGGCAGCAGAGGUGCCGACCGUUGAGCCGCCCCCAGACGUGGCUCUCGCCUGCCGCGCGUCGGCAUGGUCUCGGCGACCCUCUGGCAGUUCUCAGGGGCGCGAGGGAGAGCGGUCCGAGGCCGAAGACGUCUUCGCCCCUUGUCCAAGUCCUCAGCGGGCGACAGAGGACUCACGCAAUCUGUGUAUUCUCGAUGCGUGGGCGGCGGAUGAAGAGGUACUGCGCGUCCUUGCCAAGCUGCUCCAGCGCCUGUCCACGCGCCUCGCGGACGUGCGGCCGCGGGAGGCACUCGAGCUGCUGAGCAGCCUCGGUGAACACGGGUUGUUGAGGCCGACUCAAGAGACAGAGGUCCCACUGGUCCGCCCCUGCGCUGCAUCUUGCCAAAUACGCGAGGUCGGUGGAGAGCAUGCACAGCGGCCGCCGCACACAGGGGUGGCCCCUGCGCGGGCUCUCCCAACCCCCGUUCUCCAUGAUAUCGAAGGUCUUUUCUACCACGUCCAGAGGUACCGCCACCUGCUCGCGCCCGACCAAGCCUCCCGGUUCGAUCAGCUUGCGGCGGAGCAUGCAGGGACUCUCGAAGCAGGAACAGCGCAUGAGUGCGGGAGCCUCGCCGGCCAACCUGCAGUCUCGGCACUCCUUCCCACAGGUUUCAGAACCGCUCUCUAA